AUGAAGAGGGGGGUCCUGCUAGGGAGGCAGGACUGUGGAGAAGUGACAGUGGAGCUGAGCGUUCGGGGCAGUGGGGGGUACGAUUUAGAAGAGGUGUCCUAUGAGGAAAGGACCUGUGAAGGCGGGAAGUUUGCCACAGUGGAAGUGACAGAUAAGCCUGUGGAUGAGGCUCUACGGGAGGCAAUGCCCAAAGUCAUGAAGUAUGUGGGAGGCACCAAUGACAAGGGAAUUGGGAUGGGAAUGACAGUCCCUAUCUCCUUUGCCGUGUUCCCCAGUGAAGAUGGCUCCCUUCAGAAGAAAAUCAAAGUCUGGUUCCGGAUUCCAAACCAGUUUCAGAGCAGCCCGCCAGUUCCCAGUGACGACAGCAUUAAGAUCGAGGAGAGGGAAAGCAUCACCGUCUAUUCCAUGCAGUUUGGGGGUUAUGCCAAGGAAGCUGACUACGUAGCCCAAGCUGCCCAGCUGCGCACCGCCCUGGAGGGCACAGCCACUUACCGGAGUGACAUCUACUUCUGCACUGGGUAUGACCCGCCUAUGAAGCCCUAUGGACGUCGCAAUGAGGUCUGGCUGGUGAAGACCUGAGUCACUCAUUGAGCCAGCACUUCCAGGAUGUGUGCUUUGUCCCCUGACUGGGCGGGCAGGAGGGGCUUCGAACUGCAACUUCAGCUCAACCAAUUUCAAAGCCAGUUACUGCCAGUCCCCUGAAAUAAACAUGUUCGAUACACUAGGGCUUUUUUUCUCCUGGUGGGAAAUACAGCGGAGAUAGGCCGCCUCCCUCUCAUUGAUUUAGAACGUUCUAUUGUACACCAGGAAAACCCCAGCAGCAUUUUCCCAGCUACCUGGGUCUCAAAAAACUGAUAUUUUAAAAUUGUUGAAUCUGUAUUUUUGUAAUUGAGGGGAAAUGUAAUUUGUGUGCAAUCUUUCAUCUGCAAUUCUUGUAAGAGCCUUGUCUAAAAAGAAACUGAAAAUAAAGUUCUUUGACUUAAACAGCUGA